AUGCUGGUGCUGUUCAGCAGCGCAUCGGCGGCCCUGGGGAAUGCGGGGCAGACAGCGUACGCGGCGGCCAAUGCCAUGCUCGAUGCGCAUGCUGGGCGGUGCUUGACUCAAGGAUCGCCAGCCCUCGCCCUGCAGUGGGGCCCCUGGGCCUUCGUCGGCAUGGCCGCCGCCGCGCCCAGCGUUCUAAGCACCCUUGCGCGCCAGGGCAUGCACGCCAUGAGACCUGCGCAGGGGCUGAGGGCACUUCAGGGCUGCCUAGCAGUCUCCUACCCGCCCGUGAGGGUGGCGGGGGCCUUUCAGUGGGAUGCGCUGCGCCGCCGGCCACUCCUCCCUCACUAUAAUGAGGAGGCUUCUGACCCUGCGGGUGCCAUCAGCGAGGCAAGUGAGCCUCCAGCGGCACGCAGCACCGCUCCUAAGCUCCCCGAAACCAAGGCAGCAGCGCCGAAUGGCAUGCAAGAAGUGCUGGAUCGGAUCACCGACCUGGUCUGCGCCGUGCUGGGGGCCUCGGUCGCGCCCGACGCCCCGCUCAUGGCCGCCGGACUCGACUCCCUGGCGGCCGUGGAGUUGCGCAGCGAGCUGGGCGCCGCCUUUGGGCUGGAGCUGGCGCCCACUGUGGCGCUGGACUACCCGACCGUCGCCGCGCUGGCUGGGCACAUCGGUGCCCUGCUCCGGGAGGUAACGGUGUCUGACAGAGUGGGGAAUGAGCAGGGCGAGGCGGUGUGGGACCAGCAUCUCGAAUCUGUCCAGCAUCUUCGGCUACCGGCUGACCCAACCAGGACCCUCGCAACCGUCUACAUCGCUGCCACUGGGGCGCGAUUCCCCAACCACGUCACCUCAGCUGGAGCCUUCAUGGAGACAGCUGUACAAGGUCGUGGCGUGCAGACCACCAUCCCUGCCGAGAGGUGGGACGUGGAUGCCAUCUACUCCGCCGCCAGCGCACCCGGGCGUGCCUACGCCAGAUUCGGGGCCUUCAUCCAAGAUGUUGCUUCGUUUGACCGGGUCAUGUUUGACAUGAGUCCGGGCGAGGCGGCAUGCCUGGACCCCCAGGCCCGACUCCUGCUGACGUCAGCUCUGGAGACCCUCUGUGGAUCAGACUCUGUGUACCAGCUGGCACGAAUGGGUCCCCAGACUGGCACAUAUGCCGGGUGCAUGUUUCACGACUACAUGAGCCUCAUGCAUGGAACCCUCGGCCAGCCCCUCAGUGGGGCUGUGAUGACAGGUAUCCUCGCGGGGGAGUGCCAGGCAGGGCUGGCAGGGGGCGUGAACGUCAUGCUCUGGCCUGGCACUACCGUGGGCAUCUGCCAGCUGGGGGCCCUCUCCUCCAGCGGGCGCUGCCGCUCUCUGGAGGCCGGGGCCGACGGGUAUGGCCGGGGUGAGGGCAUCGUCACUGUGCUCCUCGUCUUGGCCGCAGCGCUGGGCCAGGGCAGACACAGUGACGCACAGCAGCAGCGGCCGCUGGCCGUCCUGGCGGGGACGGCGGUGAACCAGGACGGGCGGUCCAGCAGCCUGACUGCGCCCAACGGCCCCGCCCAGACUGCACUGGUGGCUGCCACACUGGCCGCGGCCGGGACUGGGCCCGCCGACGUCGGCGUGGCCGGCCUGCAUGGCACGGGGACCGCGCUGGGGGACCCCCUGGAGCUGGGUGCCCUUCUAGCAGCCCUGCGUGCGCCGCGUGGGGUCGCCGCUCGGCCCAUUGCCGUGUCCGCCGUGAAGAGCUGCUUUGGCCACACCGAGGGCGCGGCAGGGCUGCUGUUGGGGGCAGCCACGCUGGCCUCAGGCGGCGCGCCCCCUGUCGCGGGCCUUGCCCUCCUGAACCCACAUGUCGCGUCUGCUCUGUCCCAUGGGUGGGGCCGCGACGGGCCAGCGGCCAUGCACAUCCCCCGGGAGUCGGCGCCGGUGGGAAGUUCCGGCAGCCUCACCGGCACCAGCUCCUUUGGAAUGAGCGGCGUGAAUGCGCACGCCAUCUUGAGGGGGGGCCUCGGCGCCGUGCUACCUGCCACCGCCCUCCUGGAGCUGGCGGUGAGCCCCGCAGGGGCCCUGCCAUUCGGCCUGGGCCUAAGCAGCGCCUGCGCCAUCCUGAACGCGGCGUUCCAGGCCCCCUGCAGCCUCUCUGCAGGACGGCUUGUUGUUUCUCUCGACAUCGCCGGCGCUGGGCGUGUCACCAUCGGCUCCCAGGAGGGCGUGCGCUAUGUCGUCGCCCAGCUCUGCCACAUCGGCCCUCCCGCGCUUAUUGAUGCAAGGCGUGGCAGGCACAAAUCUCCUGGCGCUGGCAAGGCUGCCAUUCGCCUGCUUGGCCAGCGCAGUCUGCGCCUUCCUCCUAGCAAGCCGCCCGCCUUCAAUACGGCCGUCCUCGCCAGCCCACCUUCCGGCCAGGUUCCAUCCUACGGCGUGCACCCCGCCAGGCUCGACGCCGCGCUCCACCUUUCCGCGCUGGCCGGCUUAACGGGCAAGGGCGGCGCUGUGCGCGUGCCGGUCGCGCUCAGCGCUCACAGCGUGCCGCGCCCCACGCCCUGUGGCUUCAGUCCUGAAUAUGAGGCUGUCUCCGUGAAGGUGCUGCGCCACGCCAGGCUGGCAUCACAGACAGACACAAGUGUGGCCAGAGAGAUGGCCCUCGCCUCCCUGGCCCUCCUCAUGGUGGCCGGCAACGAGGCCAAUGAGGUGUCGAAGCCGGCAGGGCCGGCCUUCGCCCUGGGCCCCAGCAUCACCUGCCUGGAUGCAGGGACUCCACUCUACCGGAGGAAUGCAGAGGAGGAGGCUCAUGAUGCCCAGCCGUGGGACGUCGGGAGGCGUGGCGAGGUUGCAUCCCUCUCUCAAAUUGCACGGCAUCCUCUGUCCAACACGGUGCAUGCGGCGGGGGUCCUGGACGAUGGCAUGCUGGCCUCACAGACCCCCGGCCGCUUCAGGACGGUGGCCGCGCCCAAACUGCAAGGUUUCCAGCUGGUGGCAGGCGCAGCCGCCGGUCACCCUCUGCAGACCCUUGCGGCCUUCAGCAGCGUGGCCGGGCCCUUGGGGUCGGUGGGCCAGGCCAACUACGCUGCUGCAAACGCCGGCCUGGACGCCGCCUGCGGGCGGCUGCACGCAUCCGGGAUCCCCUCCCAGGCCCUGCAGUGGGGCCCCUGGGCCGUGGUGGGCAUGGCCGCCCAGUCCCGGGGCCUGCUUCCACUGCUGGCGCGCCGCGGUUUCCAGGGUCUGGCCCCGGCCACGGGUCUGGACGUGGUGGCCAAGACCCUGCUUGCAAGGCAGACACCCGCUGCGGAGGCGAGCCUGAUGGUAUGCCUGGUGGAGUGGCAGACCUACGCCCCGGCCCGCUCGGGCUGGAGCCGCGGACUGUUCUCGGAGGUUGUGGGAGGCGAUGCGAUGACACCUGCGAAACCUCGGGCCUGGCAGUCCAUGGGCCAUUUGGCAGGAGGGGACGAGCAGCCUGCACUGCAGUAUGGGCAUGCCAUGGAGACUGGCCCAACCUUUGGAAAGCCGCCAGCAACCCUCGCCGGCAGCCUUGAUAUCCUAGGCUGCGUGCUGGAAGCUGUGGAGGCUGCAACGGGGAGCGCUCUUACUCCGGACGUGCCAUUCAUGUCCAACGGCCUCGACUCAAUUGGGGCAGUGGAGCUCAGAAAUGUCCUGGCUGACAUGUUUGAGCUGGAGCUGCCUGCAACCAUCGUGUUUGACCACCCCACUGCAACAACCUUGGCGACGGCCAUUGCCGCGGAUCUGAGGGAGCAAGGGGCGAACCCUAGGGAAAUUCCCUCUGCAGUGCCAGCCACUCCUGCAAGCUCCAGCCUGUCCCUCCAGGACGUGUGCGGCGCUCUGUCGGAGCUGGGUGCUGAGAUCACUGGAAAGCUAGUGCCCCUCAACACCCCGCUCCAACAGGCGGGGCUGGACUCCUUGGCCAUGGGAGAGCUGGCGGCGGCCAUCUCCGAUCGGUUCGGCCUCGACAUCCCGCCCACCGCCCUGUUUGACUUCCCCACCCUGGGCUCCCUGGGCACACGCAUCCACGAGCUGAGAAGCAUAGAAGCUGCCGCACCCCUGCACCUCGCCCGCUGGGACAUGGACAGGACGUACAGCCCAGAAGUGUCUGACACCGGCACUGUGGCGUGUCGCUUCGCCACCAUGUUCCGAGGACAGGAGCAUCUCCUGUUUGAUGCCGAGCUGUUUGGGCUCAGCGCGAGAGAUGCUGCCCUCGCUGACCCCCACCUCCGCCUCCUCCUCCAGCAUGCCCAGAUGCUGCUGUCUGGUCAGCCGGAGGCACACCGCACCAAGCACGUGGGCGUGUACAUCGGCUGCAUGUGGGCGGAGGACCACACGGCGACCUUGCCACCUGCCGCCGCCGUCAACCCUGUCGCCAGCACAGGCAAUGGGCUGAGCUUCAUGGCCGGUCGCCUGGCUUUUGCCUUUGGCCUCCGGGGCCCAGCUUCGGCUGUGAACACCGCCUGCUCCUCCUCCCUGGUGGCCCUGCACUUUUCCACUCACGGCCUGCGGGCAACAGACUGCGAGGCGGCACUGGUGGGCGGGGUCAGCCUGGUGCUCGACUCCGGCAGCGCGGCCAAGAUCAGCGCGCUGCAGGCGCUGUCCCCCUCUGGGCGCUGCCGGGCCCUGGACGAGGCGGCGGACGGCUACGGUAGGGGCGAAGGCGUGACGGCCCUGCUGCUGACCACGGCCGACCCUGUCGAGGCUGUCCGCUCACUCAAAGCGGCCUCGGGCCCGCUGGCGGUGCUGGCGGCCACUGCGGUGAACAGCACGGGGCUUGCCAGCGGCGUCACGGCGCCCAGCGGCCCCGCCCAGCAGCGCCUGCUGGCAGAUGCCAUGCGGCGCGCGGGCGUGGCAGCGGAUGGCGUGCAGUCCCUGUCCCUGCACGGGACGGGGACGCCGCUGGGAGAUCCCAUCGAGGUCGGCGCAGCGAUGGCCCAGCUGGGGCAGAGGGGCGCCGCCUGCUUGUCCCUGGCUGCCACCAAGGCUGUGUUUGGGCAUGCAGAGGGCACGGCAGGUGAGAGCUGA